AUGGAGCAGACGUACGCAGUUAAUCAAAAUGAUGAAGAAAUUCCUGAGUUUUUAUUGAAACGAGAUGACGAUGCGAGUUCGAACUCGAAUCCGUGUAAAUUGUGUAAUGCCAAAACUCUAAUGCAAAUCGCUGUUGAUCAAAGUAAAGAAGAAAUGGUAGAGCUACUUUUAAAAGCAUACGGUGCAGAUGUUAAUAGUCUACGUGGUCCUGGUGUUUUACAAGUAAGUCCACUACAUUUUGCUGUCCAAUGCCUAAACUCGGAAGCAGUAGAAUUGAUCUUGAAUGAUUGUGUCGUUGAUAUAAAUAUAGUGAACAAGUGUAAAAAUUCAGCGCUUCAUUACGCAGUUUCCGCGACCGUCAAUAAUAUUAUAAGACAACUUCUUAAUGCUGGUGUUGAUAUUAAUUUAAAAAACGUUGAUGGUACAACAGCAUUUACUUUAAAAGUAAUUCAUUCACAAAAAGUUAACGACACAAUUACCGAACAUAUUGCAAAACUCAGUGCGGCGAACUUUUAUGUCAAUGAACAAAAUUUAGCAGUCGUACAUAGGAAAAAAUUCGGUGAAUUACGCGACCAGUGUUUAAGCGAAAUUGAAAAAAUGAAGAUAACAUAUGUUGGUACGAGUAAUGUUACAAUUUAUAAUGUUUUGUGUAAUAAAUGUGAGCACAAAUUAGCUGUAAGUUUAAGCUACGUUAGUGAUAGUACUAUUUUAGAUUUGGACCUUCAAUCUCUUUUUCCACUGUACGGUGGAAUGAUAAGUUAUCGUUUGCAAAAAGCAUUAGGACGAAAGAAAUUGUUAUUCAAUGCAAUUAGUUUAACUAAUGAUAUUUUCGAUGAAAUCCAACAUCCAAAUAAAUGA